GUGUCUACUGCAGCAGUAGAUUUCACGCUGCACUGUGGAAGCAAGCCUAUACUGCGGUUCACAAUGAGAGGCCUGCUUGUCACCUUGUUUGUAGUUCUAACUACUCUCCAGCUUUCUUCUGCUGUACAUCCAGAUUGUAUGUUGGGCAUGGAUGAAGGACAAGGAGAAGGGAGGGGAUUCCGUCUCUUUUACAAUAAAACAGUGGAUAAGUGCCUGCCUUUUAGCUACAAAGGGUCAGGAGGAAAUGGGAACCGAUUCAUUACUGACAGGAUGUGCAUGUCAAACUGCUCCACCAGAGCUGCUGAACUCUACCCACAAGGCGAUGCUGCCUGUACAUUGAAAAUGGACUUUGGUUUGUGCCAAAGCCAUUUCCUAAUGUAUUACUACCACCAAGAGAAGAAGAAGUGCAAGACCUUCUUUUACUCUGGCUGUGGAGGGAAUGGGAACAGGUUUGUUGACAUUCACACCUGCAACUCCACCUGUGCCAAAUACAUUGAUAGCACACUUGUGGACGAAGAUGAUGAUGAAAAUAUAAACGGAACUGAUGCUGGUUUAGUGGCUGGAAUUGUGUUUGGAUGUCUUGGAUUUGUCAUUCUAAUCGCUGUGAUUGUUGUGGCAGUACAAAGGAAUAAGGUUGAUAAGCUGCAGGAGGUUACAACAGAGACAGGGCAUCCAUUAAAAGAAGAACUCGAAAUGGAAUAGAAGAAAGCUUUAACCAGGAGAGCACCAUGUCAUGUGACGCCAACACCCAGCAUUUCAUUUUUUAUACAGUGUUUUGUUUUCUAUAUUUUUUGUACCUUGUAGACAGGAUUGUAAACAAACUGGAAAGCCUACAAAGCCUAUUUUCUAAUGAAUCAGAGUACACAAAAGGUUAAACUCUUGCCUAGGAAUCGUACUUUGGUAUAAAAAUUAAAUACAUUGUGGGAGAGCUUUAAAAAGUUUUUCUCUUUUGAUGCUGUGCUGUUUUAUUAGUUAUUGUCUUGUUUACUCUCCAUGAAUCCGAUUCCAAAUAGUACAGACCUGUUGAAGUAUGUUGAAUUAGGUGUGGUAGAUUAUAAACAAACAGGAAACCAAUAGGAUUUUUACUUUUACUUUUCAGACUGCAAUUUUGUAGUAUCAUGUAUAACCAUGGCAUUGUUUUGUGGAAUAAAACUUUUAAAAAAGAA